UCCCAUUCCAUCACGUCUCUCAACCCCCCUGCUGUCUCGAGCUGCACAGAGGCGACUAUAGCGGACAGUGAGCAUGGCGGACAGAGAUACACGCAGCGCUAGCCAUGCCGGCGGUCGUGACGACUGGUACAUGGCUGACCCAGCCGGGUUGAACCAGAUGCUCGACGCAUUCCUGAACGACGUCAGAGGCCCAUUCACCGGUGUGCAGGGCUCUUUUGCUGACGAGACCCUACCUAUUCCGGGUGCCCGGAUUGUCAUUGCGCCUCACGCCGGCUACAACUACUCGGGCAAGUGGGCAGCCUGGGCGUACAGAACACUCGACUUGUCAAAGGCCCGGCGAGUCUUUGUGCUGGGCCCAUCGCACACCUAUGGCUUCCGCGGUGCCGCCCUCACCACGUUCGCCAGGUAUGCCACCCCUCUAGGCGACCUCGUCGUGGACGAGCCGACAGUGGCAGAGCUGCGUGGCACGGGAAAAUUCACAGACAUCCCCCGCACCAAUGACGUCCGCGAGCACUCGCUCGAGAUGCACCUGCCGUACCUCUACAAGCAGAUUGCCGCCACCUUUGAAUCGCCAAGCAGCUAUCCGACCAUCGUCCCCAUCCUCGUGGGCAACAACAAGCUCGCUGAAGAACAGCUCUUUGGGCGCCUCCUCGCUCCGUAUCUUGCUCAGCCAGACACCGUCUUCGUCGUCAGCUCAGACUUCUGCCACUGGGGCGACCACUUCGACUACAAGCCGUACACGCGAAACGAAGACUGCAGCGACAUCCGCCAGCUCGGCUACCGGGACAGUGCCCCUUCCAAUCCGACGAUUCACGAGAGCAUUGCAUACAUUGAUAAGCAGGCCAUGCGUUACAUCGAGGCCGGUGACCACGCCGGUUUUGUUGCCAAUCUAGCCGAGACGGAGAAUACUGUAUGUGGCCGUCAUCCGAUUGGAGUGGCGCUCGCUGCACUCGAACGGCUCUCGCUCGAGGCAGGUACGACUCAGGGGGAUCGGUUUCGGUUCAAAUUUGUCUGUUACGCUCGCAGCAAAGACAUCACCAAAGUCAAUGACUCUAGUGUGAGCUAUGCGUCGGCUUAUGCUGUGCUGUGAGAGGGAAGCAUAUCUUGAAGCGAGUUGUUCUCACCACUCUUCUUGAGCGUCCCAGCUCCCGUGUACAUAGCCAGGCUACGUGGCGAAGGCGUUGCUGAUGAACAUGGCUGCCGGAGAAGGACCAUGUUACGUGGGUUGAGACUAGACAAUGCCGAGAGGGAACCGCGAUCUUGGAGCAUGUUUUCGGAUCGGCUACCAGCCUGAUACAUUAUGAGCUAUGUGGUCCUACAUGAGGCAUUGCGAAUGACCCAGCAGGUGUGGUUGAAAAUGGCAGGCUAUUUGUUGAGCGCGGCUACACGAAGUGCUGUCAGCGUCCGACCCCACGUGCGUGGGGUCGAAUGUCUGACUAGAGACGGAGACCCGCGUCGAACGCACGGCAAGCUUGAAACCCAGGGCGACACAUUCACCGAGCCAUACCAAUCGGAGAAUUUCCGGUCCAGAAAUGUGGUGCCACGGGC